CUCUUGGCCGUGAUUCCUGGCGCGGCUAUAAAUGACAGGUUCCAGGCGCUUUUCCCUUUCAGUCUCGACUUAUCGACGCAGGCGCAAUGAAUCGCUGGCUAACCUUUCUACUUUUAGUUGGAGUGCUGUCUGUACCCGGAGGGCGGUGCAACACCAUCAAGGAGCGCAAUCUGUUCGCCACGGAACUGUUCCAGACCCUGGCCACGGAGCGCCAGGACGAGAAUGUAAUCAUCUCGCCAGUGUCCAUCCAGCUGGCCUUGGGCCUGGCCUACUACGGGGCGGAGGGCAGAACUGCCACGGAGCUGCAGAAGACACUGCACGCCUCGGCCAAGGAGAGCAAGGACGGACUGGCCGAGAGCUACCACCGGCUGCUGCACUCCUACAUCAAGUCCAAGACUGUGCUGGAGAUCGCCAACAAGGUGUACACGCGGGAGAACCUCAAGGUCGCACCCCACUUCCGGGAGGUGGCCCAGAAGUACUUUGACUCAGACGUGGAGGCACUGGACUUCAGUCGCGAGACGGAGGCCGUUGACCGCAUCAACGCGUGGGUGAAACAGGAGACCCAGGAAAAGAUUGAGCGGGUGGUGGACAGCCUGGAGCCGGACACAAACGUGGCUCUGGUUAAUGCCAUUUACUUCAAGGCCCGCUGGGCGAGGCCCUUCAACGACGAUGACACUCGGGACCGCGAUUUCUGGCUGGGCGAGCGCCAGUCCGUCCAGGUGCCCACGAUGUUCGCUGACAACUGGUACUACUACGCCGACUACCCAGAGCUGGACGCCAAGGCCAUUGAGCUGUUCUUCGAGAACAUCAACAUGACCAUGUGGUUCAUCCUGCCCAACCAGCGCACCGGGCUGCGCGCCCUCGAGGAAAAGCUGAAGGGCGUGGACUUCAAGCUGCUCGAGGACCGCUGGCAGUGGCAGAGCGUGUCCGUCUAUCUACCCAAAUUCAAGUUCGAAUUCGACACUGAUCUGAAGCCCACUCUGAGCAAGAUGGGCAUUAGUGCCAUGUUCUCGGAUGCGGCUGACUUUAGCAACAUCUUCGAGGACUCCCCCAUUGGCACUCGCAUCACCAAGGUGCAGCACAAGACGUUCAUCGAUGUGAACGAGAUCGGCUGCGAGGCAGCAGGAGCCAGUUAUGCCGCUGGGGUGCCCAUGUCACUGCCCCUGGAUCCCAAGACCUUUGUGGCAGAUCAUCCGUUUGUGUUCAUCAUACGUGACCAGCAUGCAGUCUACUUUACCGGACACAUUGUCAAGUUUUAGAUAUAUUCAUACAUGUAUCAUCAUCAGUUCAUACAUAUAAAUACAUUUGUAAUCGCUUCAGUAAUGAAUAAAUUGAAAGCUCUCCACAA